AAAAUGUGUUUAUUUUGAAAAUUAGACAUUGCAGUCGUGUACCGAUUGUUAGGUUCGCACUUCGCACUUUCGCAGCCAGAAAAGGCAACUACGGAGGUCACCGGCGAAGCUCAAGCCUUCAGUAUUUGGCCGAAAUUAGUAACAAAUUCCGUACUUUUCUUCUGGGAGCUUCGAGGUGAAGAAAAUGGAGGCCUGAAGAGUCACCAAUCUCUCUGGCGCACUACAAACAACAGGACGGACGAUGUCGAAGCUGACAAUUUUCCUAACAUUAGCAUGGGCACUGAGCCUUCUCUAUGGAGAAAUGUUCUCUUUCUGGGUUCCCUUUCUCUGGACGUGCUCUUGGCCUCGCCCAUCUUCUUCUAUGGAGAGAGUAGAUAAUCCUGGUGAUUAUGUAAGAAUUGCAGUCCUUACUGAUCCUCAGCUUGUAGACAAAACAUCCCUCCACCUUGCUCCAAAAUCCUUUGCUCUAGAGAUGGCUCAAUUCUAUACAGAUUUGUUCAUGCGCAGAGCAUUCUUAUCUUCUAUUCUUCCAUUGAAACCAGAUGCCAUUUUUUUCUUGGGUGAUUAUUUUAAUGGUGGACCUUUUCUGACCGAUGAAGAAUGGCAGGAAUCCUGGAGCCGAUUCAACCAUAUAUUUAACCUGGACAUGCUUCAGAGAAGUACAAAUAUUAAGUUGUACUAUCUCCCAGGAAACCAUGAUGUUGGCUAUGCUGCCUUCCACCCACGAAUGCCAGAGGUUAUCAGACGCUAUGAGAAAGUAUUUGGUAUGAGGAACUACCAUUUCAGACUUGGAAAAAUCAACUUUAUUAGUGUUGAUGCCCAAACCUUGGAUGGGCAGCCCCAGGGUAAAGAGACCGCUGCCACAUUAGAUUUUGUUAAAGAUGUCUCCACGAAUGUUUCUUCAAGUCCCACUGUACUAUUAACUCAUAUCCCACUCUAUAGACCUGAUGGGACUUCAUGUGGUCCUUAUCGUUCAUCACCAAUCAUUAAUCAGAGGAUUAACCGUGCUGAUCUUGAUAAGGAGAUACUGUACCAAAACUAUAUAACUGAAGAACAAACAAAUUUCUUACUGGAGUUGAUCAAACCUGCUCUAAUCCUUUCUGGACAUGAUCAUGAUCAAUGUACAGUAAUGCACUCAACGAAGCAUGGUGAUGUAAAAGAGCACACUUUAGGGACCAUAAGUUGGCAGCAGGGAAAUUUGUUUCCCUCUUUUAUGUUGUUAUCUGUGAGUAACCUUACCUUACCAGACGGUUCUCCUCCAGCAAAUGCCGUUUCCACUACUCUAUGCUUUCUCCCUCUUCAAACAUACAUUUAUAUAUGGUAUCUUGUGCUGUUAAUCAUGACUGUUCUUAGUAUAUUCUUCUGGCCCACAAAUGGGUUUCCUUUCUUGCAUCACCUAGGUGAGUACAUGAAAAAUGUAGUUAGUUUUAGCAUGUCUGGAGGAGGGACGAAAGAGAAGAACGAUGAUGAAAUCUAUGAGUAUGAGGAGGUAUGGGAUGCUGAAGGGUCGAUGCACCUCAUACGGAAAGCCUCUAAAGCUCCUCCUACACACUCAAGUCAGUCUUCGGUGGAAAGGGGAAAUGCUGUCAUGCGUUCAGCUGCCAGAAAACAAAACGUUCCCGAGGUGGAUAUUUCAAUGCCUCCUGAUGUUGGGGGUGCGAAAGUGUCAUCUCGGGCAAACAAAACUAAGUUGGCGAUCAGGAGAUUGUUACGGGUGUUUCGAGUGCUCUUUAUAAUAGCUGCCUUUAAUGUCCCUCUAUACAUGAUGCUGCUCUUCAAAGACUGGAUCGACAAAUGAUACAAGGACUAAGCUUAGCUCAUGUCCUCUUUUAACUAUACUAUUCAUAUAGUUACUGAAUUUGUUUAUUUUAUGUUUAAACUUCAUACUAACAAUAUCAUUGUUAUUGUUAUUGUUAUUGUUAGUAUUACUGUUUUUUAUGAUCAUUACUAUUGAUGAGUUAAGAGAAUAAUUUAGGUGAUGAAAAUA